CAGUAACACACGUGGAUGGGCGGCGGAAAGAGACGCGCACGGAGAGGGGGCCUCCCUGCGAGUCCUGCCAGCGCCGCCGCCGCGGAACCCCAGCGGUAGCAGCACCAGCGGCUCCUCGCCCCGGCCGCUCUCCUGCUGCCCGCGCCCGGGGCUCCGAGGCGUUUUGCCGCGCGGCGGGCGGUUGGUCGGCUCUCUGCUGCAGGAGGCUCCGGACCCGGCCGAGGAGGGUGGAGGUUGAGGGCGGGGGGAGCGAUACAAAGUGAAGCCACAUUGCCAAACUUACCCAGCGAUUGCGGCGGCGGCGCCCUGUGCCGACAGCCCAGCGGCCGGGACUGAGCGCCGCGGCUCCCUUCCAGGGAAGCGGGGGCUGGAGGAAGGGCUCUGCCGCACGUCUCUCGUCUGUAUUUUGCCAGCCGGGCUGCCGCUGACGGGGGUGGGGAGCUCUGCCGGCGGACGCGAGCAUUGUGUUUGGUUCUUUGCAAGAAAACCUCUCCCUGACACACCACCCUGUAAACCAGAGCGGCGCUGCUCCCCGACCUCUUGCAAUAUAGAGGGGAAACAGACCAUGGUGAACCCGGGCAGCAGCUCGCAACCUCCCCCGGUCACCGCUGGCUCCCUCUCGUGGAAAAGAUGCGCAGGCUGCGGGGGGAAGAUCGCGGAUCGCUUCUUGCUCUACGCCAUGGAUAGCUACUGGCACAGCCGAUGCCUGAAGUGCUCCUGCUGCCAGGCUCAGCUGGGGGACAUCGGCACCUCCUGUUACACCAAGAGCGGUAUGAUCCUGUGCAGAAACGACUACAUCAGGUUAUUUGGAAAUAGUGGUGCUUGCAGUGCUUGUGGACAGUCAAUUCCUGCUAGUGAGCUGGUCAUGAGGGCACAAGGCAACGUCUAUCAUCUUAAGUGUUUUACAUGCUCUACCUGCCGGAAUCGCCUGGUCCCAGGAGACCGGUUUCACUACAUCAAUGGCAGUUUAUUUUGUGAACAUGAUAGACCUACAGCUCUCAUCAAUGGCCAUUUGAAUUCACUUCAGAGCAAUCCACUACUGCCAGACCAGAAGGUCUGCUAAAAGGUCAGAGUAAUGCAGAAUGCGUGCCUUCAUCUCAAAUUUUGUUCAUCACAGAUGGAUCCCAUGUCUCCAGUAGACACGUCACCUUUGUAGCUAGCAUCAGUGCCAGCUCCAUGCCAUUGCACCUUCUUUAUUCUUGAUUGCCCUUCCUACAUUUAUUGGUGUAUUAAAAUGACUGAAUAUGAACAUUAAGGACUCCAUGAACCUGGGCUAAUGGGAGACUGUAGAGAAAAUGAAAAAAGAUCCACCGGAGGACAUCUUUGGGGGCGGGGGUGGGGAAAAUGUCUAAGGAAGCUGAUUAAAAGCAGCAUUUGAAUCUGCGUUCUACACUCGUUAACAAUUAGCAGGGCACUGGCCAGAGUUUGUACCCAGUGUUUUACCUUAACAACAUUCUAUUUGCUCUUUGUAUAUUUAAGUGUUGUAAGGAAACGUGUUUCAAUCAAACUGAACAUGAGAUAAAGGAAAGAUGUGGCUUUUGUGAUAGAAUAUCACAAACACUUUUAUUGUCUCUCUCUGUAAAAUACAAUGUAUGUAUGCAUGUAAGUGUUUUUGUCCCCUACUGUUGCUACUUCCCAUGGCGCCAAAAAAAAAAAAAAAGGCAGGCUCAUAGCAGCUACUGUGUAGAAAUUUUCACCUACUUCUAAUUUGCUGAAUGAAGAAAAAUCUUUUAUUUGUGAUAUUUUCAGAGACAUUUGCUCUAGUACGGUGUAUUUAAAUAAUAAAAACUUAAAACAAAAACA